AGAUAUUCGUGGCGUCAAAAUGGAUAGACUGACGAGGAAUGGCAUCAGCAUUAAAGAGACAGAUCUGUUGGCCAACACCACUGGCAUCAAGUCAUACGUCGGGCAAAUUGAUUAUAGUCUGAGCGCCAAUCUAUUGAUGUGGAGAGUGAUUGAACCGGAAAAUGCAUUAUAUGUGAUGCCUAUUCAGCCCAGUGCUGAGAAUGUGUUGGGAAUCAAGAGGAAGAGCCUGUUGUUGAGGCUGAAUAAGUCGGCGUCAAUACGGCUGUCGAUCGAUUGGAUCCAUAAUCUGGUCUUUUAUAAUAUUGAAGACAAGAUCAUUGCGUUUAAUUUGACUCAACCAUUAUAUGGCUAUAUUGUGAUCAACGAAAUGAUCUUCAAUACGAUCCUCGAUUUGGCGGUCAAUCCCAUGGAUUCGCUGCUCUUUUGGAGCGUAUCUGACAAUAGUAUUAACAGAAGGGGAAGAAUAAUGAGGGCAUCGGAGGACGGAUCCAAUCAAACGGUUCUCAUUGACACCGACCUGAGAGAGCCCAUCGCUUUGGCCGUCGAUCUGGAGCUGAAGAGACUGUAUUGGAUCGAUAGACUGCUCUUUCAGUUUUAUUCCGUCGAUUUCAAUGGCAAUGAUAUGAAGAGUAUCUUAAAAUCGCACCAAUUAUUCAAAUUGUCUUAUUAUAUGACAAUAUUUGGAGAUGACAUCUAUUGGUCCAACUAUUUUCACAGCGCUAUCCUUAAGACCAAUAAGUUUGGUCUCAACGGAACUCAAAUCAAUUAUCUCAUCAAAACAGAGUCCGGUUCUGACAUCGAGUCCAUUGCAAUCAUUGAUCCCUCUCUUCAGCCCUUUUCCACAAACAGAUGCUUUCAAUCCAAAUGUUCACAUCUCUGUCUACCUAUCAAUCAAAGACAAUACCAUUGCGUUUGUCCACAGAUUAACUUUAAUACUCGUCUCUAUCCUAAUAUCAAUUGUAUAGAAUCUAUUCACACCAUUAGCGAGAGAUCAGAGUCUGGCAAUGAGUUAACAACGACUACUGAAGCAGCGACUCAGUUGUUGGCAUAA